AAACAUAACAGCGAUUAAGAAAAGGUUUUUCUGUCCCAGCUGAGAAGAAGUCUGCAAAAUUGAGAAUUUAGCAAAUUUCCUGAAGUCGUUGCGUUUGUUUGGAAACUAGUCAAACAAAGCAGCCAGUUGGAGACGCUGAUGCCCAAAGAUGAGACCCGGAGGGAGUUUUUUCUGGUCCUCAGGUGGAGCAGAGUCCGGUAGGUUGCGCGUCUCUCGGUCACCUUCUGAAAUAAUGACUUAUGAGAACGUGCGCGUCCUGCCGGCGCGCGUGUGACUGACUGACCGACAGUGUUUCCGAGACAGAAAGAGGUUUGAUCUGAGCAGCAGUCAGAAUCAGCAGCAGACUCCUCUCCUCUCCUCUCCUCUCCUCAGACCCAUGCAGGAUGCCCGGGCAGCGCCGCCGGGGAGCGCUGGUCCAGCUCAGACCGAGUUCAUGACGCUCCGGGCGGCCUCGUGAUGCGUUUGUUGCCCGAGCCCAGCGCCCAUUCCCUUUGGCUUCUCUUCCUUUUUAUCUUCGUGAUGGGGGUGGCCCCCUCUCCGGCACUCACCGCCGGCUGCCCAGACGGAUGCGUGUGCGACGACCAGCUGGUGGUCCAGUGCGCGGGGCAGGAUCUGACUCUGUUUCCCAGCGACCUGCCCCUGGCGACCCGGCAGCUCAUCCUCUCCAACAACCGCAUAGGGGACCUACCGGCCCUCCAGCUCAACUACCUGUCCGACCUGGUUUAUCUAGAUUGUAGCAACAACUCGCUGACAGAAAUCUCCGAGUCCACUUUUGGGAACUUGCGGAAACUCGCGUACUUGGACUUGUCCUUUAACACCCUCCUGCAGAUCGAGGACCGGACUUUCGGGCCCCUGGUGUCUCUGGUGAUGCUCCGGAUGACGGACAAUCCGAGUCUGGGGGAGAUCCACCCGGAUGCUUUUUCGGAGAACUUUGCUCUGCAGGUCCUGGAUGUGAGCAGGAACAACCUGACGGUGCUGAACAUCAGCAGCCUGAUCGCCCUGCCGGCGCUGCGCUCCCUGGGCCUCAGUGGGAACCCGUGGAGGUGUGACUGUGACACGGAGGACCUCUGCCUCUGGGUGCAGAUAGAGGGAUUCAAGUUUCAAGGUGAGGCCAGUAGAAAAGCUGUCAGAUCAGAUGAGGGCCAGACAAUAUGCCACAACCCUCCAGAGCUGGUGGGUCAGCGGCUGGCAGAGGUCGGCAUGCAGCUGCGGACGGACUGCCACCAGGGCCUGGGCUACUGGGACUACCUCUUCUUCAUCGCCAUCGGCUUCGUCAUCUUCUCGGCCGGCACCGUUUCGGCUUGGGUGAUGGGCGUGCUCAUGGUGCUGUACGAGCGCUACAGCAAGCGGAAGAGCGAGGAGCUGGACAGCGAGGACGAGGGUGAGAGGGGGCCCAUUAAUGGAAGCGGCGGAGGAGGGGACCAGGGGAACGGGGAUCUGAGCAAACCAAGCAUGGAGGUGUGA